GUUGAUGAUUGAUUGAUGACCAAUGGAUCACAGCGAUUCUGAUGAAGAUGAUAAUGGUUCGACCAUCCUCAUCGAAAGUGAUCAAGAGCUAUACGAUUCAGAUGCUACAGAAAUAUCUGAGGAUGAACACCAUCAGGAACAAGAGGGAGGUUUAUCACCGACAAGACUUGGGCAGGAAGAGGGACGUGAUUCAUCCCAUCCCGCUGACCCUAGUCAAGGUCAAGGGUCGCAAUCGGACAGUGAAUCACUUCUGAUGCUUCCUCACCAGAGAAGUGAGAACCGGUUAGAUCCAGUUGAAUCCAGACAAGACAGAGUGCCUGAUGUGGACAUUCCUGGGCCCAGUGGCCUGCAAACUUUCAGAACUAGCCAAUCAGCUGCCAGCUCAAAUGCACAUGCAGAUGAGCCAAGAACUUCUGACCAAUCACAGCCACGAAUAGCUUCAUCUUCCCAAGGAACUUUGGAGAGUGGUGGUAAUGGAUCUCCAUCCAAUGUUGAUGGGGGUCAAAGGUUAUCUGAUGCUCCUCAAGGACACAGCUCCUCCGAUGCUCUGAGGGGUCAAAGUUCAAAUGAUGAUGGAGCGCAGCUACCAAAUAGCACCGACCCUCAAAGCACAGCAACCAACCAGAGGCCAGAAGCUAAUGAUAUGCAUGGAGCAUCAGCCAAUCAGGAUGAAGAUGAUGAUGAACCAAUGGAGACAAUGACAGAGGAUGAAAGUAGUAAUGACUCUAUGGCUGACUUUCAGGAACCAAAGAAACCAGGAGCCGGUGCUUGCAAAUCAGGAAGUGAUGGCAGUGGUAGCGAUGACGAAUCUCAAUCGUGUAUUAUCUGUUACGAGCCGUGGACGACGUCUGGCUCACAUCGUCUUGUUUCACUUCGCUGCGGCCAUCUUUUUGGCCAGAGCUGUAUUGAGCAAUGGCUGAAAGGCCAAGGUGGUAAAUGCCCACAAUGCAACAGCAAGGCCAAGAGGUCCGAUGUCCGAGUGAUCUACGCCAAGGCACUCAAAGUUCUUGAUACAUCCGAGCGGGACAGAGCACUGAAAGAGCUUGAAAGAGAGAAAGAACUAAGAAAAAAGGCGGAGAUGGACGCUGCACAGACGCAGCUUAGGUACGUCAUGGCACUGGAAGAAGUGAAGAGGAUGAAAGCAAUCUUUGAAUCUCAUCAACAGUCAACAUCACGAAAUCCACUGUCUACCAUAUCAUCUAGUAGCAACCAGCAAUCACAUGGCAGGCCAGCUGGUCAGUACAUGCUAGACAAGACGAUACAAGUAUCACCGAAUGGUAACUGUCGUGUGAUGACUUACGAUGCUGCCAACCAACUUCUUCUAGCUUCUAUGCCCUCAACUAAUGUACUCUUUCAAGGAUUUGGAUUAAAGAAGAUAAGUGCAAUGGACUUCAAGUCAUGUCAAUAUAUUCCUAUCCAUGGCAAGCCAAUCCGUGGAUUGUCUUUGAGUGGACGAGAUGACGGGCUUCUCCUUAGUGCAUCGGUUGAUAAGAUGCUCAAGAUUACAAGUCUAGCAAGCAACACAGUCGUACAAUCGUACACCUGCCCCAUGCCUGCCUGGUGCUGUGCAUGGAAUACAACCAACACCAACUACGUAUACGCGGGACUACAGAAUGGAACGGUUGUCAUUUACGACACUCGUAAGACGGACACCGAGGUCAAGACCUUGACCAAAGAGGGUUCAAGGUGUCCCAUUGUGUCUCUGAAAUAUGUACCAAGCAAGGCUGGUGAUCCCCUUCCUUGUGGAGGAAUACUCAUUGGAACUCUGGAGGGUGCUUCAUUCUGGGAGCAGUUAUCAUGUGAGGAGUAUAGGAUUCAUAAACUACAUCUUGAAGGAAGUUGUACAGGUGUAGCAUUUGAACCCCUAACCAGACACUGCCUGGCUUCAUUCAGACCUACCAAGAAUCACCGCUCAGCUAGAUAUGUGAUGUGUGAGAUGAAAAGACAGUCAGUUGGGGAUCAGGGCAACAGCUUAGUCUCGUGUAACUCCGUUCAAACCUUCUUUGGUGGAACUACAAUGAAACUGCUUACGCAGUCGGCUCUAUUCCCCGCACCCCAUGAUGACAAUAAAUUAAUUGCAUGUGCUGGAGAUGAGGCCACAUCAUCAGUAUUUACCUGGGAUGCUAGUUCAGGCAGCCUCACCCAGAAGCUUCCCAUCGGGAGUACAGCCCUGGAUGUAUGUCCAUUCAACCUAGGAGAUACAAGCUACCUUGCUGCAUUGACCGAUAAACAGAUUAAACUCUGUAAAUGGGUGCAACGAUGAGUGUAUUGAUCUACCAUGUACCAACGUUGUGAUCUUUUGGCUGUUCCUUUUAACCAGAGGUUCCCUAUCGGAAUCACAACGCUGGAUGUUGUCCAUUUAAUCUGGGAGAUACAAGCUACUUUGCUGCAUCGACUGAUAAACAGAUUAAACUGUGCGAAUGGAUGCAAUGAGGAAUGUAUGGAUCUACUGUGUACCAAUGUUGUGAUCUAUUGGCUGUUCCUUGUAACCAGAGGCUCCCCACAGCACUGGAUGUAUGUCCAUUUAAUCUGGGAGAUACAAGCUACCUUGCUGCAUUGACCGAUAAACAGAUUAAACUCUGUAAAGGGUGCAACAAUGAGUGUAUGGAUCUACCGUGUACUAAGGUUGAGAUCUAUUGCCUAUUCCUUGGAACCAGUGCAGCAUUGUAAUUCCGACAAAGAUCCACUUCUGUUGCUCCCUAUCGGAAUUACAAUGCAUUUGCAUUACUGAUAAACAGAUUAAACUCUGUAAAUGGGUGCAAUGAUGAGUGUAGAUAUACUGCGUGCCAAGGUUGAGAUCUAUUGAUUGUUCCUUGUAACCAGAGCUUCCCUAUCGGAAUUACAACGCUGGAUGUGUGUCUAUUUAAUCUGGGAGAUACAAGGUACCAUCCUGCACUGACUGAUAAACAUAUUAAACUCUGUAAAUGGGUACAACGAUGAUAUGAAUCUACUGCGUACCAACGUUGUGAUCUAUUGGCUGUUGUAACCAGAGGCAUCCCACCGGGAGUACUGCCCUGGAUGUUUGUCCAUUCAACCUAGAUACAAGCGAACUGGCUGCGUUGACUGAUAAACAUAUUAAACUCUGUAAAUGGGUGCAAUGAUGAAUGUGUGGAUCUAAUGUGAUUUAAUGGCUAUUCUUGCGAACAUUAUCGAGAGGCACCCAUUGGAAUCACAAAAGUGGAUCUUUGUCCAUUCUCCUGCCAACGUGAUGCUGAUUCCGACAAAAAAGUUAUGUAAGUGGGUACAACCAUGAAUCUUUUGAUCUGUAUGUCAAGGUUAUGUCUUAGUGGCUAUUCCAAUCCAGGAGGCUACCAUUGGAAGCUCAACAUUGGAUUUAAGUUUAUUCACGAGCUAACUAGGUUCCCUUACUAAUGAAUAGAUCAAGUUAUGCAAGUGGGCACACCAAUCAAUCUUUUUUGUACUAAGGUUGUGUCCUAGUGGCUAUUCUAGUAACCUGACCCAGAUGCUCCCACAGGAAGCGCAGCAUUGGUACGUUUGUCCAGUCACCACCUUCAAUAACUUGCUGUCCUGGUUGAUGAACAGAUCAAGCUAUUUAAAGUAGGUAUGCCAUUGAACCAUUUGGUACUAAAGUUGUUCUAGUGGCCAUUCUGGUAAGAGGCUUCCACAGGAAGCGCAGCAUUGGAUGUUUGUCCAGUCAUCAGCUUCAAUAACUUGCUGUCUUGACUGAUAAACAGCUCAAACAACGUAAUUGGGUACACCAUUGAAUCUUUUUUGUACCAAGGCUGUAUCCUAGGCUAGUGGCUUUUCAGGUAACAUGACUCGAAUGCCCCCAUUUGAUGUCAGUCCAUUCAUGAGCUAACUUGCUGUCUUGACUAAUGGUGCAACCAUGAACUGAUGAAUCUCUUGUAUUGCCAAGGCAGUCUGUCAUAUUCUGAACCCAUACUGUAUCUACAAUUUUCAAAUUGGCAAAUUAAAGCUAAUUUGCCAAUUUCUCCGUAUUACAGUAGUUUCAAUAUUGAAAUCAAUUCAAACAGAAGUAUUGGUUGAAAUUUGUCAAUCAUGUAUGAAAAGUGAAUUAAGCUUGCACAUUAUGUUCUUUGAUGUAUUUCACUCAACAAAUUUUGAAAUGACAGUAGAUGCAGACUCAUUUACUAGUUUCUCAGCAAAUGUUUUCUGACAUACCUCGGUUCUAUUGCUGAUAAUUUGCCACGUGUGAACAAUUUAAAGUAUUUUGGUCUUAAUUGGUAAGAGAGAUUUCACUUUUGCUAUUUGUUUUGUCAAAUUUGAAACACAUUUCUACUAGAAAUAUUAAAGACAAAGAAGACAACGUCUUCAAUACAAUCUACUGAAAAUUUCUUGCUCUGAUAAUAAUGAUAAAUGAGGCAUUUAGGAACACUACACAUAGUACACUAAGUCAUAGCUUUAACACUGUAGAUCAAAUCGACAACACCUAAAGGCUACUUCUACAUGUAAACUGGAUACAAGUAAGUUUUCAGCUGU